AUGGCCGUUCUUAAAGUCGAGGCUCUUCCGGUGCGAAAGCCCGUGGACUCGAUAAUCGCCGCACUGUAUUCGAGAAUUGAGUCGUUAUUACCAAUAAGGUCCGGUCUGACGGCUUCGCAAGUUGAGGCCGACUCCAAUUUCAGAGAGGCAAAAUCUCAGCUGCUCAGGGUGGUGGAUACCAUCUGGAUAGAUGAUAUUGCUAUAUGCACAAUUAACGUUUUGGAAAACAUCAACAAAUUAGACAAUAACAUACCAAUUGAAGAAAGAAGUACCUUGUCAAUUGUUUCUCUAAGGAUCUUGCUGGAACUGUUUGUGAGUUUACUCAACUCAGUCUGGAACAACGUUCGGUCGGAAGAUGAGAAGGUUAACGGUAAGACAAUUUACGACGACGAAGGGUUGACCAUAACGAAAUCGGCUAUGUCUGACCAGAAAUACCACAUUGGAAGACCUAGAGCAAUAGAAAGCAAGAUUGCAGAAAGAUUCCUCAUCAUAGUUAUUAGCUUCAAGUCUCAGCAUUACAUCACACAAGUCACACAACAACUCGCAUUGAAUCAGACAGUUGUCAUCAACCCUGUUUCUUCAGAGCGCACAGAAGUCAGCAAUCUCAACAAGUACUGCGAUCACAUCAUCAGAUACAUUGCUGCAAGUAACGAUCAAGAAUUCUUUAACUCAAUUAAGCAAUCGUUGAGGCGUGUUAGCUCGGAAUCCAAGUUUAUUCCAAACUCUGAUAUUCUUGCGCUCGCCUAUCUUGAUGCGGAUAACAUAGCGUCGUAUCUCACACUUAUUAAAGAUUUGGUUCAAAUGAGCACCAGACACUCUCAACAGGCAUCGAUUUUAUAUCUCUUUUGUGAUAGCAUGUUCAAUUGGGCCGCAUCACGUACUUCUAACUUUUUGACUUGCACCAGAAACCAUCAAAUCAAUUCACAAGCAGAGUCGUUCUUCGAAUCUGUAUACAAAUCUGUGGAUAUGAAAUUACAUCCUGUCGCAUACUACAGGUUUUUGUCAACGCUUUUACUUUUGGUUCCUAGCGCAUUCGCAAGGUUUUUAGAAGACAAACAGUCCAAGCUUCCGAGUCUAUCAUUAAAAAGAUCUGUUGGACGGUCCGGAAGCAAACAGAAGUUUUUAACUGAUUUGAGUCAGGUCUUACAGAAAUGUCCACAAGCUACGGAAAGCUUAACUAAGAUCACCAUAGUUGGCAGUUGCAUUUCUCUUUGGGAGACUGAUCAUCCACUGGCUACUUUCUCCUCUCAGACUUUUGACCAAUUGAAGCUAGAUUUACAUCUGGAUAACAUGGAGUACUAUCCAUCUAACAUCAGUCCAGAAUUAGUGGAUCAAUAUAGGACUGAUGUUCUUGCUUCGGGGUUCAUUUUGAAAGCUAAGAAACUCUGUCUUUUUGCUAUCAACAUUCUACAAAACUACUCAUCUCAACCAAUAUGCAUGGCCAAUGUUACGGGAGGUAUAAGGAAAGUUAUUAAGAACUCGUCUGUCAGUGAACAUUUUUACACACACCUCAAGACUAUUUUCCCAUAUAUGCUUCCAACAUUGCAGAAAUUGUCUUUAGAGACUGUCAACUCCACCUCUACGGAUGACUCUGAAUCUAUAACGAGUUUAAACUCAAGCGAGUCAAUUGUCGACAUCAGGGAUGCACUUCAACAAGAGAUGGUUGGAAAAGGUCAAUUGACGAAGUUAUCGUCGCUAAAUUCCAACGAUAAAUCAGCAUCGACGUUUACUUCAGAGAUUGCCCAAACAACUUCUGCAGCAUCUUCAAGUCUAACCAAGGCAGUUCAAACUAAAGAGAAUGUCUCGCAACGAACGAUAAUUGCAUCGCCUGCCGAGGCAGAGUUGAUUUACCCUUCCGCUAGAAGCACGCAUAAAUCGAAGAAUUUCUCCUCAAAAGUGAUGGGACCGUUGAAGCACACGCUCUCAACUAAUUCAACAUCGUCUGUGGUCGGAUCUUCCUCAUCGAAUGCAUCAUCGAGUAUCAAUUAUUCGCCGACGUCGAAUACCGGUCACACUGGGGCAUUGGAUCUUAAAUCUGUCCAGUCCAUUUCUUCUCCUUCAAGUCCAUCGGUCACCAAAAGGCCUUCUCAUAGCGCCUCAAGUUCUUCUGGUGGGCUCACCCAUGCACCCGAUGAAGGAAUACACGUGAUCAAAAUGAAAGUCAACACGUCCUUAUCAUCCCAUCGAAGCUUGUUCAACAUGCUGGAAACUUUGAAGUACUAUCCAUUCUUAUUUUUCGACGCGGUCAGUUCCGAGGCCAGGAACGAUUUGAAUCUGUUCGAAGAUGAGAUGAAACUGAUUCUUACACCAAUAGUGAGAUUGAUACAGAGCGGUGUCCCUCAAGUGACCGAAGCAGUCAGAAAGUUUCUUGUCAACUUCCCAAAAUGUCUUUCCAACGUGGACCCUAAAAAGGCAAUGUUUGCUCACCUUUCUUCCCUGGUGAUUAUUGACGUGAUUUCAAAAAUCAGCAUCUCAAAACAUACUAGCAGGCAACAUCUCAUUGAGAUGCUUGAUCUUAUGGCGCAAUUCACAAAUUUGAAGGUGGAAUACUUUGGUAGCAGUUUUUUCCGAAUGAGCGAUCCACUGGUACAGAAUUAUCACGAGUCAAAUGGUUGCUUUGGUUUGCUCAAAAAUUUUGAAAAAGCUGUCUAUCUGGGGCUGUUUUCCGAUAAUACUGAUACUCACAGACAAGCUCGUGACCUUCUCAAUGCUUUUUAUCAAAUAGUUACUAGUGACCACGGCCAUGUCGGAUGUUUCCAAGACAACGCGGUAGAACUUGCAAGAUCGAUUUUAUCCGAUAAGCUUCCUUCGGGUUCGAUGGCUAUGAAGAAGAAAUUGAGAGAUCAUUUGACGAAACUAGUUGUUCCUAAUGAGACCCUUCUAGAGAUUUGGAAUAUCAUGUUUGAGCGUCUUCGGCCUUCGACAGGACUUGAGACCGAAUCACCUCACUCAGAGUCAAGCCCCUUCAGUAUAGAGUCCGAUCAGUUUGAAGAUUAUGCUUGUUACCUCGCUUCAAUGGGUGGAAUAAUCAUGUCACCUGAUUUUACAGAUGACCCCAAGCGUCCCGUCUACUACGAGAAUCUGAAAGCACUACUGAGCUCAAAAAUCAUCAAUAUGUUCUCUAAUGAUCCAAAACAACGUGAAGAGUCCCGUGAAGUGCUAUGUGUCUCAAUGCAUCCAAGUCUUUGCGGUCUUUACUUGGAAUUACUCGCCAAGAAUUUCUGGAGAUUCGAGAGCGCAUUUGAGCUCAAAGACUAUCACAUUUGUGAACUAUUCAUCAGUGUUUUGCGUGCAAUCAGCCAGGUGGAUAACAGCUCAUUAUUUUUUCAUGUCGGAGAAUUUUGGGAGAUCAAUAUGAAGGUUCUUACGAUGAUGGAUGCUAACAUUGAUGAUAAGCCUUCGUUUUUGAAACUUAAAUUGAAGUUGUGCAAGCUUCAGUCUUUGUUUUUGCCCAGAUUUGAUGAAUUGUGCAUACAGGGAAUCAUUUUGAAGAAGAAUCAGUACGCUAGAGUGGUUGCGAACUAUCUUGAAACGUCAUUCAAUUAUAGUGCAGCAAUAGGACGCGAGCAAAAGAGCAGCAAGGUGCUUGAACUUGAAAGUAUGUCUUCCGUUCCCAAAGUGUCUGAGUUUGCACAAAGGGAGCUUUUUGACAUUCAUUACGAUUUGAAGGUGGAAUCAUCCUUGAUAUUGAAGACGAUACUGUUGAAUCUGCCAAUUGACGCUUCGAAUACUGGUAUGCAUGGUCGAGUUCAAGGGAACUUGGUCAAUGAGGUUGCAUUCAGCAAUUACUUCAAUCUUUUCGUCAGAAUUCUCGAGGAGCUCAACGUAUCAUACAGAGAAGAUGGAUCAUCGUUGGCAACACGUCAUAGGUCGUCAAAUAUUGUCAAGAAUAUCAUCGAAGCCCUAAUCAAUCUGUUAAAGUCAAACUCGGAGAUCGGACUGAAAUUCUCUUUACCUCUCGGAUAUCAUGAAAACAUUUUGAUAAGAUCUUCUUUUAUUAAUGUGUUCUCCAGUAUUGUCAAAGACUUGAGUCUGCAAAUACAUUUUGACAAGGAGAAGCAAAAGCGUGAGUUCAUGACGGAGGGACUGAAUUUGGUUGCAAAUGGGAAACUGCUAUUGUACGCUUGUGUUCGUGUUUGUCCAACAUCAGAAGUGGACGGUUUUGCCAAAGCGUUACUAACUCUCACCAAUGACCAAGAACUGGAACUCUCCAUGUUGACAUCCCUUUUGAAGGCAGAUAUUUUGAGUACUUCUGAUUUUGUCGAAAUCUUGAGAUCCAACACAGUUGCAACAAGAAUGGUUGCACUUUACUCUCAAAGGAUUGCCAAGGAGUACCUUGUGCGCAUCUUCCAACCUAUCUUUGUUCAACUGUAUGAUUCAGGUGAGUUUUUUGAGGUAGAAAAGAUCUCUUCAGAUGAUGAAAAUUGCGACGAGAAUCUCCGCCUGUUUAUGAAGUACUUUGAGUUAGUGGUGAACGCUAUCACAGAAUCUGUUUCUGAAAUUCCAAAGGGGUUAAGAUUGAUUUCCCAUACCAUAUAUGAAGCCACAAAGAUUUCUUUUCCGGAAUCAAAACUGUCAGCUUUGGGUGCAUUCUUGUUUUUGAGACUUUAUAACCCAGCAAUAGUCUCACCGGAAAGACUUAACAUUAUGCAAGCAGCAUCAGUCCCACUCAAACGGUCCCUUAUGCAAAUAGCAAGGAUUCUACAACUCUUAGCUAACGAAACUUCCGUUUCGCUGAAAAUCCCUUUAUUGCAAAGUAAGAUCGAACAGCUCAGAGAAUACAAGGCAAAAAUCAAUCACUUUAUGAUUGAGGUCACGAAGAUAGACGACAAUUGCGAUUUUUCUGAAGACCCGGAAAGUUUAUCUGAUAAUAGGACACUUGAGACAGAGUACAGCUUUUUCCAUAACUUCCUGUAUGAUCAUUGGCCUAGUGCCCGAGCACUAUAUUCGAAACCAUCUACGAUUUUCAACGUUUCUAUGGAAGAGAGAUACACUAAGAUCAAAGAAGUUGACAGAUUCCUUGCGCGGGCCGGGAUACCUAAAAGGAUUUCAGUUUACGAGAUUCCUGAUGCGAUAAAAAACGACAACUCUGAAAGAGGCGCUCAGCUUUAUGACUUUAUGUCCCAGACAUCUCUUGUUGAGCGUCAGUUCAAGUCACGCGUCAAAGAGUCGAUCACGAGAGAUGGUCAUCCAUUAAUCAUAUUGGAAAUGUUUCAAAUGGAAGAGGAAGAAGUGCAGAUCACACCGGGGAUAUUGUGCUAUCAAAUCUUUAUGACACUAAGCAAGUAUUGGAACGGUCCAUAUUGUAUCCUUACAGAUUGCACUGCAUACAACAGCGGAACACUACUAGCGCCAACAUUAGAUAUAAUGUUCACACUGAUGGGAGACUCCUUGAUAAAGAACAUGAAAAGAAUGUAUUUCUACAAUGUUUCACAAAGAUAUCUUCUUUCCAUAAAGAAAGCAAGAUACUACUUCGAAGAUUCUAAUGUCUUGGGACGUUGUGAGAUCUUUUUCGUGAGUUCCAACGACGAUGAGAAAGUUUUAGCAAGACAGGGACUUAGCUACUACACCAAUGCUGUGAGCAGAGACUCUAGAGUUGCAUUUCAUGAUGUGAGCAUUUAUCAGGAGGAUGUGAAACGUUUCAUUCCCGUCAAACUAAAGAUUGGAAAUAAAUUUCUCCAGAUAUUCUCUGGUCAGCCUCAGAUGAUCAAACUUGGAAAGGAAAUGAAGACUUUAUUCCCGGUCGAUAUAUACCAGAUUUCCAAGCUUGCUACAGUUGCUCCAUCCAAUUUGACUGGGGUACCCAACGAGAUCUCAACUACCGAUUUGACCUCCGACUUCAAGCUCAUUUUGACGUCUCCGAAAAAGGUUGAGAUAAUGCGGACACUUUACUUCUCGAGAUCUAAAUUUUCAGGUGAAACACUGGAACCCGAAGAGGAUGGAUCUCUUGAAAAGUCAAUAGGCAAACUGAUUAAUAUCAACAUGGUUGGUUUGCUAUCCCAAUUCGACGAUGUUAGGAACGCAUCUUUCCAAUUGCUAACAGCGAUGGCUAAUUCUUUUAACCUUUCGGCUGGAAAUAGGGUGAUAAAAGGUGGCGGAAUGGAAUUUCCAUAUGGUGAUGUCCAGUACGUCUUUUCGUUGUCUGCCCAAUUAGCUGCUAAUCAUCCCGAGCUCACUUACGAUUUCUUAUCAGGGUUCUUCGAUACAUUAGAUCUUUGUCCAGAACCGGAAUGGAGUGCAUAUGUGAUCUACACAUCGCCUUGGAUGAAAAACAUAUACAAGUAUAUCCAUCUUGCCGAUUCGAAUCGUGGCCCGAAACGAACAACAGAGAUCGUCAGAAAGUUCGUGAGAUCAAGCAGAAAAUCCAAGUCUACCACACUUGCAUUUGCACUUCAUAUAUGGAGCGAACUUUGUUUGGAAGAUAGACUGGUUGAAACAGUCAUUGACGAGAUUAUAUCAGCUGCCAUUGAUCACGAGGCUGAGGGCCAUCAAUGGGAAGAGAUAACGAAGUACUGGCCUUUGACUCCAACCGCGGAAGUGUGUGGGUUUUUGAUCCAUCGAUUACGGCAACGCUCAUACAUUAUAUGCACUGAUGAGUCUGAAUUAGAAGCACAGACAAGAUGGACAGAAACAACCGUUCUUGUCAGGUUCUUAGCAUUCUUGGUCUUUGAUUCACCGGUGUUGGUCCAAAAGUUCAUUAGUGAUAUAUUUUACAUUGUCACGAUAUACAUGGACUAUGGACCGCUCGAAUUCCGUGGAUGCAUCUUGAAGUUGAUGACAAGAACUUUCCAUUCCUUCCUUUCAAGAGAAGAUCUAACCUCGAAACAAAUAGAUUCAAUCAGGGAGAAAAUCCAACUUUCAGAAGGAGCACGUUUCAGAAUGCUCUUCGGACUGACCCGCGAGGAUGGCGUGAAACCCGAACUGGAAGCGUCCACAGGACUGGAUAUGGUGAAUAAGUCCCAUUCCAUUGCUACUGUGACAGAGUCUCUGGUUUCAUUUUUGAAAGACUACAGCAGCCCCACCGAUUGCGAGUUGAGUUUGAUAAGGUGGAAUUCUUAUGUUCUUAAUAUUGCUUUCACUAAAGAGGCGCACUUGCAACCGCGUGCAAUUUUGGUUCUUGGAAGCUUGACGCGUCAUGGAGUCAGCCACAAUAUUGUUACCAAUUUCCUUCGAAGUUUAAACGACUUUUUCAUUGAUCACGAAGAUACCAUUAUGGGAAUCAAAAACGAGAAAAUUCCUUUAGCAAUAUCUUUGCUACACUCGUUUACAAAGCUCAUUGAAGGUAUUCCUUCAUCGUCUCCAUUUGUUGCUCAAUUCUUUUGGAUCGGAUUCGCCUUUUCAUUGACAGAGAAUGUUGUCUUCUACCAGUAUGCUAUCAUGUUCAUCAAGGCAACUUUAGAGAAGGUUGCACAUCAUUUGGAAGGGUCACACAUUGGUAUCAGAGAUUACUUGAUCGAGCAGCGAAGCAUUUUUGGAUCAUCACUAACGGAAUUGGAAGCACUGCAUGGACUAAAGUUCUCCAAAGAGCAUUUUGAUGUACUAAUGAUUAGUAUAUGCUCUAAAGGACUCCAAAUACCAUUUGCAACCGAUCCUACUUAUGGGUGUCUCAAGAGUUUAUUCUCCAUAAGGUAUCAUGAAAGUUUGAAGUUUGCUUCUGGCGACAAGGGCCCCUUUGACAUGAACUCUCUAUCCUACGUUUUUUACUUGUUCGUUUUUUCUCAAAAUGAUACUGAGUUGGUUGAAACUCUGGAACAAUGUGGCAUGACUCAGUGUGAGAUGAUUCCAAUUUCAGAACACUACCAGGUGCCGAAAGCGUUCUUUGAUUAUUACCAGACCGAGCUUCUUGACAUCUAUGUGAGCUUCUUCAUUAUUUGCAAGUUUUUCAAUACUCAGAAAGGCGAUGAGACCAUAAUUUUCAAAUGCCUGCGAUUAUAUGAUGCAAUUUGGGAAAGAAUGCCUCACUUGGCGUGGUGCACAUUUAAUCUCAUCAUUCAGUCGAUGAGGAAAGUCGCAGAAACCUCUAGCUCCACUCGCCUCCUACAUACGACACUGGAUAUAACGUCCAAGAUGAUUGUGGCUCCUGAGUAUAAUGAGCGAGAUCUUUAUGAACAAAAACUGUUACGAAAAGUGGAUGAAUCAGGACUGGCUGGCAUCAAAAGUUGGGAUUCCUCAGAAACAAAUUCGGGCACAUCAUAUCCAACCAAAGCUUCAGAAAUGGAGCUCAAACGCAAAAGACUGACUUUUAUAACAUUCAUGCUUGAUAAAGUGAUUGCUUCCCAUGCCCAAGAAGAUUGA